CCUACUCAGGUGUCAAGAUGUCACUGAAAGUGCAGACGAGUAACAUCACAAACAAGAAUGACCCCAAGUCCAUCAACUCCAGAGUCUUCAUUGGGAACCUCAACACAGCAGUGGUCAAGAAGUCAGACGUAGAGACCAUCUUCUCUAAGUACGGCAGGGUGGUGGGCUGCUCUGUUCACAAGGGCUAUGCAUUUGUACAGUACGCAAACGAGAGGCACGCACGGGCAGCUGUCCUGGGGGAGAAUGGGAGAGUACUCGCCGGGCAGACAUUAGAUAUAAAUAUGGCUGGAGAACCAAAGCCCAACAGACCCAAAGGCCUGAAGAGAACAGCAUCUGCCUUAUACAGUGGCUAUGACUUUGACUACGACUACUACAGAGAUGACUUCUAUGACAGACUCUUUGAGUAUCGGGGACGGGUGUCUCCCAUUCCCAGGGUGGUUCCUGUGAAGCGUCCACGAGUGACCAUCCCUUUGGUACGGCGCGUAAAAGCAACACUCCCAGUCAAACUCUUUGCCCGAUCUGCUGCCAUUGCAAACAGCUCUGCCAAAUUAAAAUUGAAAUGCAAUGAACUGCAGACAAUUAAGACGGAGUUGACGCAGAUCAAAUCCAACAUUGAUGCCCUCCUGGGCAGAUUGGAGCAGAUUGCAGAGCAACAGAAAGCAUCGGCAGAGGUCAGAAAGAAAGCAGAUGGGAACAAAAGUGAGCUUUCCCAAGAAGACACAGCGUCUGAGGCAGAAACGAACACAGAGGAGCCACUCAACGGCGAGGAGGGAGAAGAAGAAGGUCUCCUGAGAGAUGACUGUGAAGAUGAUUUGGAGAAUAGCCAUUACACAGAUGUGGACGACUCCAGCCUACAGUAACUAGCAUAAUCAGCGCAACAGCGAUGAAGAGAGGGAGGACAGCAAGAGGUUCAAUCCUGCCUUGGCAUGUUGAGCCAGAUAAGCAUAACAUGCAGGACUGCCAUCAUCUCUCUGCCUGGCAUUCAAAAGGAGAAACAUGGGCCAAUCUCUCAAAGCCGUUUUGUAGUACACAGCAAACUAGCCAUCCCAGUGGAUCCUCAUCAGUGCCCAUCAAACCCACCCUUGUACUACAGACUUGGAGCCCUGCUGCCAGCACAAGCACCCGUCGUUCCAUGAUCUCCAACAGCCCGAAAUUGGAACUGAUUUCUUACACCAGGAAAGCGAGAGAGAUACUAUAUAAAGAGCCUUGCUCCUGAGACACAAUGGGGACAGGAUGCAUAAAGUGAAGAGAAAGAAAACUAUUUCACUACAGUAUGUACAAUUUACAGUUUUGCAUUUGAAAUCCAGGUCAUGACCGGGAUAGCCAGGGGUGCCUCCUCCUAGUCCAUUUACCUCCUCCUAGGUAGCUUUGGUCCCGCUCCACCCUGCAGACUAUGGCAUUUCAGACAUACCCAUUGUCAUACGUGGUGUGCCCUCUGGAAAGAAGAACAGAGAACGUGGCUAUUUACAGACCAUUCUGUACAGGAGCAACAAACCACCUUUUGUUCAUCCAGUUUCCUAAGCGUCAGCAAUGGUUAAGGCAGGUGGUAGGUCUCUACUGUAGGCAGGUGUGAGUAGGCAGUGAAGUUACCAUAUAGGAUACAAUAAGAGACAAGCAUUUCAGAAUAAGGGAUGACUGGAGUCUUUGCUUUACAACCCAUGUGCUUCAUCAAAGUUCCAUAAGCCAUUUAUUUGCUCUCUAUAAAAAUAAGGUCAACCCAAUCAGGUCCAAAAGGGAAGGUGAAGUGGUCAGAUGCCAAUCCAUCCAAAAAAACCAAGACUCAUUUAACACCUGAAACCAAUUGCAUUUCCGAUCUAAGAGAGGAAAAACAAUUUCAUUUUCGUUUAAGGAUAGAGGUCUGAAGGUUUCCUGGGGUAGCUCAGUCAGUAGAGCAUGAGCCCCAUGUUGGGCAAAAGAUUCCUGCAUUGCAGGGGGUUGGACUAUAUGACCCUCAUGGUCCCUUCCAAUUCUAUGAUUCUAAUCUGCUUCCUUUCACCCCUUCUCUGAAAUGCAGGUGCUUUCAGCCCACUCACACCCGUAAUGACAAAAGGUAUGCAAUGUAUGUUGUGCAGCUGAUUAUGUUGAAAUAUCCGGCAAAUUGCAUAUUAUCAUUAUUAUUAUUUUGCAAUGUUCCCUUCUGUGAUCCAAUCCUCUCUAAAGCAGUCUACUCCUCAUCACCAACUUCAGCAGGAGAGGGUGUGGUGUUGGCUUAACAGCAUGACUCUGUCCUAGACUCCAACCAACCAGCUCAGAAAGGGAGAGAACAGUAUUGUUGUAUAAGCCACUUCCAUAAGACCUUGGGUUCUCAACUUUUUUCAAAAGAUUUCUGCUGGAAAACAUCCCAUCUGACUGCAUCUCUUCCUUAGGGCUUGUUAACAGAGGGUCAUGGCUCUCAAAGCACAACAGCAUACACCAGCUUCUUUGUUGAAAAUACAUCCUGGAGAGCAAAAAGAGGCACUUGUUUUGUUUUUCUCCGCUUUGUUUUUCUAUUGCAUUUUCUCUUCUGCGCCUCCCACAAAGUUUGGCCACUUUGUUGUACUUAGCUAUUUUAGAACUGCUUUCUAUGCUUUUGUUUUGCUAUGAUCCAACCACAAGAUGGAAGGAAGGGGGGGGGGCUUUGUAUAUAAAAUCCUGUAUAAUAAAAGGAAG